AUGAGCACAGUGGAAUUGGAUAAAAAACUAUUAUCAAGACUUUCCGCAAGAAAAGUUUCUUUGGAAGAACUAGAGUCGUUGGAGAAGAAAUGUGUUUUAGAGUCCUUUCAUUACGAAGAUGCCUUUCAGCUAGGUAUGUCCGUGAGAAAGGCAGCCAAGGACCUGUAUCCGGAGAGCUUUGUUGCUAUUGACGUUUCAUCGAGCAAUGGGCAUUGUCUUUUUCGUACCAUUACGUUCCAGGGUAGCUCUUUGGAUAAUGAUUUCUGGAUCGAAAGAAAGAGAAAAAGUGUUUUGAGAUUUGGUCAUUCUAGCUUUUAUCUAGGUAACAAGAUGCAAGGUAAGACACCUGAGGAGAAGUUCUUCGUCGAUUCCAAAGAAUAUGCAUUUCACGGUGGUGCAAUUCCUAUUUUCCUGGAAAAGAGUGAUUAUCCAGUUGCAUGCUUGACUGUGAGUGGUCUAAAGCAAGAAGAGGAUCAUUUACUUGCCACAACAUGCGCAAUAAACUAUGCUGAGCAGGCUGCUCAACACGGUUUGGAAUUAGACUAA